AUGGCCAAAUCUGUCCUAGAUGGUAUCUUUUCUAACUGUCAAGUCCACUCGUCCGAAACGAUGUCCAUACACAUGCGCAUCCGACUUGAUAAACGUCAGUACUGACUGGAUAGUGAACUGGUUUCGGGGAUCGUCCAGAACAGUGGGAGCUGUCGCCUCCGCCAGUGUGAUCGCCCGAGACUUUGAAGAAUGCUCGGCCAUAUCAGCCACUCGAGAUCGUUCACAAAUUGAACUAAGGCGAUUCUCCAGAAGAGUAAGUAAACCGAUUGUUGCUUUUUCGACACUCUGAUACGUAGAACUAUUUACAACCUUCAUGAGUGGCAUUCCAAAAAAGAACAGCGCUGUGAUGAUCGGAUCGAACGUCACAUUGUUAGGCAUGACAUCCCCGAGACCAAUUGUUGAGAUUGAAAUGAAGGAGAAGUAGAACGACAGGAAAUAGCUGACGCCCGUGUCUGGUUCGCCAGAAAACUUGUCGUAAAGAAAUAUCAGAGUGGUCGUGCCCAUUAGGUAAACGAGCAUGAAGAGCAUACAUAGAAGAACGGGGAGUGUGAAGAUUUCACCAUUCUCAGCAUCUUUCUUGGAACGAAAUCGCCUCCAUCGUAUGACGAUGUUUGCAUAGAAGUUGGUCAGUAUGACAAGAGCUGAAUUGCCGAGGUGUCGGAUGACCACCAAAGUCAGGGGAACGAAUAGGAACCCAUAGAUGAUCACACAUGCUUUCCCCAAACUUGACUCCGGCGCUAUCGAACCGUAACCAGUGGUUGUGUAGACGUUCAUGGAAAAAAAGCAGCUGCUGCCAAAUGUCCACCGCAGAUUGCGCUCCAUAUCCUCAGCCUUGUAGAACGUACUACCGUCGUAGGCCGACUCCUGCUUCAGAAGGGUUAUGUAGGUGCGCUGUAGGUAUGUGAUCAUAGUCUGCUCGUCGACCGUUUUUUCAGGGUCGUUGAUCGUCUCAGUCAUUUCUUUUGCGAUAGAUUCUAUCGUUUUGUCCAAUGCCGCUUUUCGUAUCAAAAUCGUCUUACGCUCAUAAUUGGAUUCGAUCACGUAGAAUACGGCUGCACCGAGUAA